UUAGUUGUAAAUCCCUUGGAAACACUUUCACUUUCUGUUCUCAUUGAAAGAAUCCUUCAAUAAUGCUGCUUGCUUGACUGGAGGAUAGAGUGUUCUAUAUAGAGCAUCAGUGAGUAGUAGUUAUUUCAUUGUAGCAUAUGGGCUUAUAAUUGGUAAUGGUCAAAGAGAUUGAGAGUACACAUAUCAUAGGGCAUGGUUACUGAUUACAUAUGUACAUAUCAUCCCCAACUCCCCAGCUUGAUUUCUACUGAUUAAAUCUUCUUCUCUCUUUUGGGUUUCUGACUUUUGCAGAUUCUCUUUUGCAAUUUCAAUAGAAUUUGGUUGCUUUUUCAUGAAGAUACAUGACUACUACUCCUUUUCUUAAUGUUUCUCUCUUUAUUUUUUCUUUAAGCCCUCUACUGAUUUCUGUUUGAAUUCUAUUUACUUCUGUAACUAGCAUGAGGGAUCUUCUUCACUAAACUUACUGCCGAACAGUUGGAGAGCCUCCAGCACAAGUAUGUUCCUUCAUGACAACUCUGCUGACGCCAAAGGAGCAAGCCUUUUCCAAACCUCCAGUCCAGUAUCUGUACUUGAAAGCAGCAGCUCUUGCUCAGGGCCAGCUGAAAACCUGCCUGUUAAUCCCAAACUCAACUUUCCAGUGAAGCGCACCAGAGGCAAGCGCAAGCGAGCAUCAACCUUCAGCCUCCAGUUGAUAUUACCUUUGUCAUCCUCUUCCUCUACAGGAGAUGGAUCAGAGUCAGACAGCCAUCUUGCCGAGAAAUCUUCCAAGAAAAAGAAAAAGAACCUGAUGUUGCUCUCUGGUUCUAGCGAGACAAAGGAAUCUGACUCACAGCAACUAGUUGUUAGAAAAUGUUUGCACUGUGGAAUCACAAAGACUCCCCAGUGGAGGGAAGGACCAAACGGGCCAAAGACCCUCUGCAAUGCAUGUGGAGUUCGUUACAGGUCCGGGCGCCUAGUUCCAGAGUAUCGACCUGCUGCAAGUCCUACAUUUGUUCCAUCAUUGCACUCAAACUCUCACAGGAAGAUCGUAGAGAUGAGGAAAAAGGCUGAGGAAAUGGGAAAAAGGGUAGGGCUGCAUGCAACUGCAGCUGCAUGAACAAACUUGCAGCGGCAAGUUUGCUAGGCUUGGUAGCGCAUUGAUAAUUUUUCGUGUGUACAUUGGUUGAAUAAGUAAGAAGUUAGGUGAUGAUGAUGACAUGUUUUGGCAGAAGGGAUAGGAAUAGUCAGAGAAAAAUCUACUAAUUGAUUAGAGGAUGAUGGGUUUUGAGACUAGGGUUAGUGAUGCUUCUGCCUUUCCAGUAGUUAGUGCACCUUGAACAUGUUUGACAGUAUCAGCUCUCACCCCUAUUCAUUUAUUCUUAAAUGAAGUAGUUCUUUUAUU